AUGUGCAAUAAUUCUGUAGAGGGAUACGGAAUCAUCCAGCAAAUAAGACAUAAUAAUACAACAAGUCUUAAUAUUGAAGAGAAGGAUAUAUCAAACGAAGCAGCCAAAGCAAUUGCAGCAGAAUUGAAAAUAAAUUUAGCGUUAAAAAGCCUUAGUAUCAUACGGAGUAUAUCGGACCAAGGGGUCAAAGCAAUUGCCGAAGCACUGCAAGUAAAUUCAACAUUAACAAGUCUCAAUAUUGCAAGCAACAGUAUACGGGAAGAGGGUGCUAAAGCCAUUGCAGAAGCAUUGAAAAUAAAUUCAACAUUAACAAGUCUCAAUAUUGCAAACAGCGGUAUAUCGGAAGAGGGCGCUAAAGCAAUUGGAGAAGCACUGAAAAUAAAUACAACGUUAAGAAGUCUUGACAUUGCACAUAACGCCAUACAAGAAGGGGUUAAAGCAAUUGCAGAAGCGUUGAAAAUAAAUUCAACAUUAACAACUCUUCAUAUUGCAAGCAGCCUUAUAUCGGACCAAGGGGUCAAAGCAAUUGGAGAAGCACUAAAAAUAAAUUCAACAUUAACAAGUCUCAAUAUUGCAAGCAACAGUAUAUGGGAAGAGGGUGCUAACGCCAUUGCAGAAGCAUUGAAAACAAAUUCAACAUUAACAGCUCUCCAUAUUCCAAGCACCGUUAUAUCGGACCAAGGAGUCAAAGCUUUUGCAAAAGCACUAAAAAUAAAUUCAACAUUAACAAGUCUCAAUAUUGCACACAACAGUAUGUCGCAAGAAGGUGCUAAAGCCAUUGCAGAAGCACUGGAAAUAAAUUCAACAUUAACAACUCUCCAUAUUGGAAACAACCGUAUAUGGCAAGAGGGCGGCAAAUCUGUUGCAAAAGCACUAAAAAUAAAUUCAACAUUAACAAGUCUCAAUAUUGCAAACAGCAGUAUAUCAGAAGAGGGCGCUAAAGCCAUUGCAGAAGCACUGAAAAUAAAUUCAACAUUAACAAGUCUCAAUAUUGCAAAUAGCAGCAUAUCGGAAGAGGGCGCUAAAGCCAUUGCAGAAGCACUGAAAAUAAAUUCAACAUUAACAAGUCUCGAUAUUGCAAACAGCAGUAUAUCGAAAGAGCGCGCUAAAGCCAUUGCAAAAGCACUGAAAAUAAACUCAGCAUUAACAAGUCUGCAUGGAACAGGCUGCGAAAUAUCGGAAGAAGGUUGCAAAGCAUUUGCAGAAGCAUUAAAAGUGAAUUCAACAUUAACAGGUCUCAAUAUUGCAAACAGCAGUAUAUCGGAAAAGGGCGCUAAAGCCAUUGCAGAAGCACUGAAACUAAAUUCCGCAUUAACCAGUCUGGAUAUGAGUUAUAGCAGUAUAUCGCCAGAGGACGCCAAAGCCCUUGCAGAAGGAUUAAAAAUGAAUUUAACGUUAACAAGUCUCGCUAUUGGAAUCCCCAUUAUAACGAAAGAACUAGUUCAAGCAGUUGAAGAAGCAUUGAAAAUAAACACAACAUUAAGAAGUCUUUUUAUUGAUACGUACAGCUCUACGCUAUCUGAUGAGUGCGCAGCACUUAAAGAAAUGUUGAGGAUGAACGCAAGGUUAACUACUACUAGCAUCAAGUACAUGAUAUACGAAGAUUGA